UCCAUCGUACCCAGAAUGCACAGAGACUCACCAAAAUAGCACGAUUUCAGGUGUCAUGGCGAGGGCUGCGGCUCGCUGAACGGUGCCGUUGUGCUCGACAGGAGAUCCGUUUGAGCGGCAGCGGCGCGGAGUGAAGCCGGGCGGAGGAGCGCGAGCGCCCGAUGCGCUGUUAGGAGGCACCGCGGGAAGGAGCAAAGCUGCGGUCCGCCCGCCGUCAUCAUCAUGGCAGCGAGCGAGCUCUACACCAAGUAUGCCAGGGUGUGGAUCCCUGAUGUCGAGGAGGUGUGGAAAUCGGCAGAACUCACCAAGGACUACAAGCAGGGAGACACGGUGCUACAUCUGCAUCUGGAGGAUGGCACGGAGCUGGAACACAAAUUAGAUCCUAAAACCAAGAACUUGCCUCACCUUCGGAACCCUGACAUUCUGGUGGGAGAGAAUGACCUCACUGCCCUCAGUUACCUCCACGAGCCCGCCGUUCUCCAUAACCUCAAAGUUCGCUUCAUCGAUUCCAAGCUCAUCUACACCUACUGUGGUAUUGUCUUGGUGGCAAUCAACCCCUAUGAGAAUCUUCCAAUUUACGGAACUGACAUCAUCAAUGCAUAUAGUGGGCAGAAUAUGGGGGAUAUGGAUCCCCACAUUUUUGCAGUGGCUGAGGAGGCAUACAAGCAAAUGGCCAGGGACGAGAGGAAUCAGUCCAUCAUCGUGAGCGGUGAAUCGGGCGCCGGAAAGACUGUGUCUGCCAAGUACGCCAUGCGAUACUUUGCCACCGUCAGCGGCUCGGCCAGCGAGGCCAACGUGGAGGAGAAGGUGUUGGCCUCCAACCCCAUCAUGGAGUCGAUCGGGAAUGCAAAGACCACCAGGAACGACAACAGCAGCCGCUUUGGCAAGUACAUCGAGAUCGGUUUUGACAAGAAGUACCACAUCAUUGGCGCCAACAUGAGGACCUACUUGCUGGAGAAAUCCAGAGUUGUGUUCCAGGCGGAUGAAGAGCGGAACUACCAUAUCUUCUACCAGCUGUGUGGCUCUACCCAUCUGCCAGAAUUUAAAGACCUUAAAUUAGGCCCUGCAGACAGUUUCCACUACACCAAACAGGGACGAAACCCUGUAAUCGAUGGAGUGGAUGACGCCAAGGAGAUGUUCACCACCAGGAAUGCGUUCUCAUUGUUAGGAAUUAACGAAUCAUAUCAAAUUGGAAUUUUCCAAGUUCUGGCUGCCAUCCUCCACUUGGGCAAUGUGGAGGUGAAGGAUCGAGACUCAGACAGCAGCAACAUCCCGCCAAACAACAGCCACCUGACCAUAUUCUGCGACCUCAUGGGUGUCACAUAUAAAGACAUGUCUCACUGGCUGUGCCACAAGAAGCUCAAGACGGCCACAGAGACUUACAUCAAACCCAUCCCCAAGCUGCAGGCUGUCAAUGCCCGUGAUGCCCUCUCCAAGCACAUCUACGCCAAGCUCUUCAGCUGGAUCGUGGACCAUGUCAACGAGGCACUGCACUCCACUGUCAAGCAGCACUCUUUCAUCGGUGUCCUGGACAUCUAUGGGUUUGAAACCUUUGAAAUCAACAGCUUUGAGCAAUUUUGCAUAAAUUACGCCAAUGAGAAGCUCCAACAGCAGUUCAACAUGCAUGUCUUCAAGCUAGAGCAGGAAGAGUACAUGAAGGAGCAGAUCCCAUGGACCCUUAUCGACUUCUACGACAACCAGCCCUGCAUCAACCUGAUCGAGGCGAAGUUGGGAGUCCUGGACCUCCUGGAUGAGGAGUGCAGGAUGCCCAAGGGUUCCGAUGACACAUGGGCCCAGAAGCUGUACAACACCCACCUGAAGAAAUGCGUUCUUUUCGAGAAGCCCCGCAUGUCCAACAAAGCUUUCAUUAUCCAGCACUUUGCGGACAAGGUUGAGUACCAGUGUGAGGGCUUCCUGGAGAAGAACAAAGACACUGUCAAUGAGGAGCAGAUAAACGUGCUCAAAGCAAGCAAGAAGUUUGAUCUGCUGGUGGAGCUCUUCCAGGGUGAAGGGAAGGUGACCAGUCCAACUGGGCCACCUCCUGGCGGCCGUACCAGGCUCAGCAUCAAGCCGGACAAAGCUCGGCCCAGCCAGUCCAGCAAGGAGCACAAGAUGACUGUGGGCCUGCAGUUCCGAAACUCGCUGCAGCUUUUGAUGGAGACCCUGAACGCGACAACCCCGCACUAUGUCCGCUGCAUCAAGCCCAAUGACUACAAAUUCCCUUUCACGUUUGACCCAAAGAGAGCAGUGCAGCAGCUCAGAGCAUGUGGUGUCCUAGAAACCAUUCGGAUCUCAGCAGCAGGCUUUCCAUCCAGGUGGACCUAUCAGGAGUUCUUCAGCCGGUACCGAGUGCUGAUGAAGCAGAAGGACGUGCUGACGGACAAGAAGCUGACGUGCAAGAAUGUCCUGGAGAAGCUGGUCCAGGACCCGGACAAGUACCAGUUUGGGAAGACCAAGAUCUUCUUCCGCGCCGGCCAGGUGGCCUACCUGGAGAAGCUGCGAGCAGACAAGCUCCGGGCCGCCUGCAUUCGCAUCCAGAAGACUAUCCGCUGCUGGCUGGCCCGCAAGAAGUACCUGCGCAUGAAGAGUGCUGCCAUCAGCAUCCAGAGAUACGUGCGUGGAUACCAGGCGCGGUGCCUGGCCAAGUUCCUGCGGCGCACCCGGGCAGCCAUCAUCAUCCAGAAGUAUCAGCGCAUGUAUGUGGAGAGGAAGCGCUACAAGCGACAGCAGGCCGCCGCCCUCGCCAUCCAAUGCAUCCUGCGGGCAUACAUGGCCAGGCAGCAGUACCAGGCGCUGUUGCGGGAGCACAAAGCCAUCAUCAUCCAGAAGUGGGUGCGCGGCUGGCUGGCGCGCCAGUGGUACAAGCGCUCUCUGGCGGCCAUCGUGUAUCUGCAGUGCUGCGUUCGGCGCAUGAGGGCUAAGCGUGAGCUCAAGAAGCUGAAGAUCGAGGCGCGCUCCGUGGAGCACUUCAAGAAGCUCAACAUCGGCAUGGAGAACAAGAUCAUGCAGCUUCAGCGCAAGAUAGAUGAGCAGAACAAGGAAAACAGGGCCAUGAGCGAACGGCUGAGCAAUCUGGAGAUCUCGCACACUGCGGAGAGCGAGCGGCUGCGCGGGGAGCUGAACCGCCUGCGGGGAGCCGAGGAGGAGGCCAGAAACAACGCUAACCGCAUCACCACCCUGCUGGAGGAGCUGGCGCGACUGCGGAAGGAGCUCGAGGCCACCCGGACGGAGAAGAAGACCAUAGAGGACUGGGCCGAUACAUACCGCCAUGAGAUGGAGGCGAUGGUGUCCGAGCUAAAGGACCAGAACAACCUGCUGAAGAAUGAGAAGAACGAUCUGAACCGGAUGAUUCAGGAGCAGGGCCAGCUGAUGGCAGAGAAAAUGCAGAAGGCCCUGGAGGAGGAAACCAAGCAGCUGGAGAACGAUCUGAACGAGGAGCGCUCGCGCUACCAGAACCUGCUGACGGAGCACCUGCGGCUGGAGGAACGCUAUGAGGACCUGAAAGAGGAGGUUUCCCUGACCGUGACUGUCCCCAAGCCGGGCCACAGGAGGACGGACUCGACUCACAGCAGCAACGAGUCCGAAUGCACGUACAACUCUGAGUUCGCCGAGUCCGAGGAGAGCUCUCGUGGAAGAGAGGAUGUCACCAAGGCCGCCUUGGACAUGUCCCUCUUCCUCAAGUUGCAAAAGAGGGUGACGGAACUGGAGCAGGAAAAGCAGUCACUGCAAAACGAGUUGGACCGGAAAGAGGAGCAAUUCCAGCGGGCUAGAGCCAGGGACGAUGAGGACCACAAGAAGGCUCGAGGGGCAGAGCUGGAGUACGAGUCUCUCAAGCGCCAGGAGCUGGAGUCGGAGAACAAAAAGCUGAAACACGACUUGAACCAGAUGCGCCAGUCGCUCACAGGGAAUGCAGGUGCGGGAAUGGCCGCUCCGGGCUCGCCCGCCUAUAAGGUGCUCCUGGACCAGCUGAACUCCUCCAACGAGGAGCUGGAGGUGCGCAAGGAGGAGGUUCUGAUCCUGCGCUCACAACUGGUCAGCCAGAAAGAAGCCAUGCAGCACAAGGAUGAGAAGGAGACAAUGACUGAACCCAUAACCUACGCAGAGGACUUGAAGAACUUGAAUGAUGCAGGCGAAGUCACUCAGGCAUAUAUGGGACUUAAGGAAACCAACAGAUCGCCAAAGUUUUUGCGUAAACCCCUCGAGGUGAAUGAGCUCAUGAAUAGGCUCAGAGCCCCCACUCCAGACUACCGUGAGCUGAAUGAGGACGGAGAGCUUUGGCUGGUUUAUGAAGGGUUAAAGGAGACGAACAGGUUGCUGGAGUCCCAGCUGCAGAGUCAGAAAAAGACAUACGACAAUGAGGUAGAGGCCCUGCGUGGGGAGCUCCAGAGCAUGAAGGAGGAGAACAACCGGCAGCAGCAGCUUCUGGCCCAGAACCUGCAGCUCCCCCCGGAGGCUCGGAUCGAGGCCAGCCUCCAGCAUGAGAUCACGCGCCUCACCAACGAGAACCUGGACAUGCAUACUGACGACCCAAGCAAAUAUCGGGAGUGCCGGCUCAUGGUUUUGCGGCGGAUGAUUGAUCUCAUGGAGCAGCUGGAGAAACAGGACAAGACAGUCCGCAAGCUCAAGAAGCAGCUUAAAGUGUUUGCCAAGAAGAUUGGAGAACUGGAAGUCGGGGGUCAGGUAGAGAACGUGUCCCCGGGACAAACCGUGGAUGAGCCAAUCAGGCCGGUCAACAUUCCCCGCAAGGAGAAGGAUUUCCAGGGCAUGCUGGAGUACAAGAGGGAAGAUGAGUUGAAGCUGGUGAAGAACCUCAUCCUGGAGCUGAAGCCCCGUGGUGUGGCUGUUAACCUCAUCCCUGGCCUGCCCGCCUACAUCCUCUUCAUGUGUCUGCGGCAUGCCGACUACCUCAACGAUGACCAGAAAGUGCGCACCCUGCUCACCUCCACCAUCAACAGCAUCAAGAAGAUUCUGAAGAAAAAAGGGGAUGACUUUGAAACAGUUUCCUUCUGGCUGUCCAACACAUGCCGCUUCCUGCACUGCCUGAAACAGUACAGUGGAGAAGAGGCGUUCAUGAAACACAACACGCAGAAGCAGAAUGAUCACUGCCUGACCAACUUCGACCUGGCGGAGUACCGGCAGGUGCUGAGUGACCUGGCCAUUCAGAUCUACCAGCAGUUGAUAAAAUGCAUGGAGAACAUCCUGCAGCCCAUGAUUGUCUCAGGGAUGCUGGAACACGAGACAAUCCAGGGUGUGUCAGGAGUAAAACCCACCGGCCUGAGGAAGAGGACCUCCAGUAUCGCUGAUGAGGGCACCUACACGUUAGACUCGAUCCUGCGCCAGCUCAACUCCUUCCACUCUACCAUGUGCCAGCACGGUACCGACCCCGAGCUCAUCAAGCAGGUGGUCAAGCAACAGUUCUACAUCAUUGGCGCUGUGACACUCAACAACCUGCUGUUGCGCAAGGACAUGUGCUCCUGGAGCAAAGGGAUGCAGAUCAGGUACAACGUUAGCCAGCUCGAGGAGUGGCUGAGGGAUAAGAAUCUGAUGACAUGUGGGGCCAAGGAGACUCUGGAGCCCCUCAUCCAGGCUGCGCAGCUGUUGCAAGUGAAGAAGAAGACAGAUGAGGAUGCGGAGGCCAUCUGCUCCAUGUGCAAUGCUCUCACCACAGCACAGAUUGUGAAAGUCCUUAACUUGUACACUCCUGUCAAUGAGUUUGAGGAAAGAGUGUCAAUCACUUUCAUUCGAACCAUACAGACCCGUUUACGGGACAGAAAAGAGUCGCCACAGCUUCUGAUGGACACCAAAAUGAUCUACCCUGUGACAUUCCCCUUCAACCCAUCCACCGUGGCAUUGGAGACCAUCCAGCUCCCCAGCAGCCUGAACCUUAGCUUCCUCACGCGUGUGUAAAGCCCCAGAACCAGUGUCCGAAUGUCAGGAUGGCAGUGUUGGGAAAAAUUGUUUGUAAAGAAGUACCAACUCAAAACACCUAGAAAACCCAUUUUAAACAUCCCCCUGAAAGGAAUGGUAGGACAGUUCUCUUUGUAUGGAAUGAACGCUUGUUUGUAAGUUUUCCUAGGAAUGUAAUUAUACACCAACUGAGGAUUUCAGAAUGGUUGUGUUUAGUGGUUGUUCCAUUAUUGCCCCCAUUGCCUGUCCCACACACCUAUAAAACACACAAUUAUGCAAGGCUAUUCAUAUUGAUUACCUGGAACCAUCCAUACCUUGCUAAUGGAUUUUUUCCCAGGAGGGGAAAAAGAGGAGGGACUGAUUGUGUUCUACAUCAUUUCAAAGGCUGGAAAAGAAAACUGGCGGAACAUAGUGUAUUUGGUCUUAUAUUUAUGUCAGUAAGAAAUAAAAUAAGUAGAAUAUCUUUAAAAAUGGUGCAUUAGUUAAAUAUAUAGAUGUUUAUUUCUUAGUUCAUGUAUUGAGAUUUUACUUAGCAGACUUAGCGGCUGUGUCUUGUGUAACUUGUAUAUUCAAGGAUAUUGUACUUAAGCACUGCAGUAUAGCUUAAGGUUAUUGUUCUCCUCACUACCAAUAUUGUUUACAAGCUCAUCACAGAUAUUGCAGCCACAUUUGGAGGAGACCGGGGGGUGGUAAAAACGUGGGUCACCGCACAAUACCAGCUCUUGUACUGAAGUAGGCUCUUUUAGGAUUUGUGCGGCCGGAGGCCAAAUUUCCCUGCAGCACACCUGUAAAUUGCAUAUUAUGUGUAGCUGUUAAUAGCUGUGUAUUCAUCUGUUCUGUUGUAUGAGUGCGAAUUUCACGGGCGACAAUGGCUGUAUAUCCACUUCCACAGCUGUAUGAGUGUGAGAAGAUAAAUGUCCUCUGCCUGCUCUCACGGGAUGUUCUCUUCACAGCCAGGCCACCAUGUUUGGGUUCCUCUGCCAUGAGACUUAACACCCUUUCAAGCACAAAUUACACUGGAGCAUAUUUAACAUAAGGUAUCACACCACUGUUUUACAACUGGGAGCUUUAGGUGGGUUUUGAACAUGGAAGUUAUUCAGUUCAGUGUUAAGGGUAAACUUUUUUUCAAACACAAAGAGUCUCACUUCGAGCAAGUGUAAGUAAAUAUCACAACUAGAGUAAAGGACAGAAUACCUUUUUGUGGUGUUUUGCAGGCUGUGAUUGUUACCCCGAAUUUGCACACUAACUUUUAAGGAAAUUCUGGCUUAUUCCUCUUAAUAGAAGCAGAGCUACACGGGCCAAUGCCAUAUCUUACCUUCCAUAUCUUUUUUUUUUU